AUGGCAUCUAAAUUAAUAAGCGUUAAUUUUGAGAUUUAUGGAAAAGUUCAAGGUGUCUUUUUUAGAAAGUUUACCCAAGAACAAGCUACUGCCCUAGGAUUAAGGGGUUGGUGUAUGAAUUCUACUGAAGGAACUGUCAAAGGAACAAUUCAGGGUGAGAGAAAAAAUAUUGAUGAAAUGAAAAAUUGGUUGCAGUAUAAGGGAAGUCCAUAUUCUAAAAUAGAAAAAGCUGUUUUUAGUGAAGAAAAAGAAAUCGAUGAAUUUAGUUUCAAUAAUUUUUUUGUUAAACGUUAA